UCAUCAAGAUUCCAAGGUAUAAAAACCGCAGUGUUAAGGCAGCUUAUUCACAUUUCGCUCGAUACAAGCUGACAAAUACCCUGGGGCUCCUGAUUUUGACGUCAUGAGGCACAUUUCGGCAGCCAUUUGUCUCGUGGUCCUCGUCGCCUUUACGGCGGACGCAAACACAAUUCCCCAAGAAGGGUCUAACCUUGACACAACAUUGGACAGGGCGGCCGAAUGUGCCGCUCAGGAUGCUGUUCAUGUGGGUGAGAUCCUGCAAGAAGUGGCCCAGACCCUAGCUGCGGACGAAGCUAUUAAUUCUGAGAGUGAUGAGUACUUUCUUCGUGAUCUAUGGGAAAAAACAAAGGACGCUUUGAAGAAUGCCACUGAAAAUGUUAAGGCAACCGUGAAAGGCGCCUACAAGGAUGCCAAGGGCCACAUAAAGAAAGCCGCUGAGGACGCCAAGAAGAAAAUAAACGAAAAGGUAGCCGAGAUCAUAUCCAAGUUGUUAAGCAAAGUUAUGAGUGGCUAUGCCUUGGAGGAUUCUGAGAGCCGCGGGAACUUUGUCAAGCUGUUUCUCGAUGUCAUCAUGCGAGCAGCCCAGCGAUUUUUGAAGAUGGGCAAGGCUUUGGAAAGCAUUCAGAACUGAUGAGAAUAAAAUGCUCAGCUGCGAAACUCAUAAAA